GGAGGAGGAUGUGCGAGCCAAGCAAACAGGACAUCGGCGCCAUUUUCAAGCGGCUUCGCGCCGUCCCGACUAACAAGGCCUGCUUUGACUGUGGAGUAAAAAACCCAAGCUGGGCAAGCAUAACAUAUGGUGUGUUCCUAUGCAUUGAUUGUUCAGGGACCCAUCGAUCCCUUGGGGUCCACCUGAGUUUUAUUAGAUCUACAGAAUUGGAUUCUAACUGGUCAUGGUUUCAGUUGAGGUGUAUGCAAGUUGGAGGAAAUGCUAAUGCUUCUGCAUUUUUCCAUCAGCAUGGCUGCACAACAAAUGACGCCAAUGCCAAGUACAGCAGUCGGGCUGCUCAACUUUACAGGGAAAAGAUUAAAUCUGUUGCAACGCAAGCAACACGGAAACAUGGCACUGAUUUGUGGCUAAACAGCUGUGGUCCCCCCCAAUCACCUCAAGAAAAAGAAGAUGACUUCUUUGCAUCACAUGCUUCUUCUGAGGUUAUUAGUACCCAAUGGAUAUCAUCCCAGCCAGAGACAAUUAAUCUAGAUCAGUGUUCUUCAGAAAGCAAAGAAGAAGAACUUGAACGCGGACCAAGUGUUGAUUGUCUUAGUAUGUCUCCACAAGCUUCAUUAGAGAUUGGCUCCAUGAUAAAGAAGAAACCAAAUCAAACGAAAAAGGGGCUUGGGGCCAAGAAAGGUGGUUUGAGGGCCCAGAAAAUGAGCAGCAAGAGUUUUAAUGAGAUUGAAAAGCAAGCACAAGCAGUGGAUAAAAUGAAAGAACAGGCAGAUGCACACCCUGGCAGCAGAAGCGAGAGAGAGGAGCCACUUGUGUCAUCUUUACGCCUAGCCUACAAAGAUCUUGAAAUUCAGAUGAAAGAAGAAAAAUUGAAUUUGCCAACUAAAAAGAAAACAGAAGCAGAAAGACUCGGCAUGGGAUUUAGCAGCAAUCGAAGUGGCAUAUCACAUUCAGUAACCUCAGAUAUGCAAAUCAUAGAACAAGAAACACCUACAGUUGCAAAACCAAGGAAAAAAUACGAUGAUGAAGACUCCUACUUUUCUUCGCCCAGUUCAAGAUAUUUUGACUCAACAGAACUGAGAAGUAGCCCUUUUUCAAAAUGGGAUGACAUCUCUGAUUCUUACUGGAAGAAAGAAAGCAGCAACAGAUAUGUGGAUACCACUCGGUCUUUGAAAACUGUGGAGUAUUCAGAUAGGCCUUCCUCUCGCCGCAGACCUGAGUAUGAUCUUUCUGAAAGCACUGAUGAGGCUCAGAAGAAAUUUGGCAACGUUAAAGCUAUUUCUUCGGAUAUGUAUUUUGGAAAGCAAGACCAUGUUGAAUAUGAAACUAGAGCUCGGUUAGAGAGGCUUUCUGGAAGCUCGGCGAUAAGUUCCGCAGACUUGUUUGAAGAGCAGAAGAAACAGCCGUCAGGAAGCUACACCAUUUCAAAUGUCCUGCAGUCUGCUCCUGAUAUGGCUCAGUUUAAACAAGGAGUGAAAUCAGUUGCUGGAAAACUGUCUGUCUUGGCCAACGGAGUCAUGACCUCUAUUCAGGAUCGGUAUGGAUCGUAA